AUGGCAGAAGAUUGGGGUGAUAUUUUCAAAAAUCUUCAAAUGAGUUCAAAUGAACAAGAUAUUCUCAGAGGUGAUUACGAAAGAGAAUUCGUCCAUAAACAAAUUUUGGCAGAAGAAACUGAUGAUAUUGGAGAAGAUAAUGAAGAUUACAUCGAAAACAUGCUUAAAGAAGAAGAGAAAAUUGCCAUUGCUGGACUCACUAACCGACUUCCAUUAAGAACAAUCAGCCUUCCAUGGCUUCUUGAAGCUCGCAAUACUGCAAUCUACAACAUUGUUUAUAUAGGAGGAUGUUUUGGAGUCAGAAAAAUCACAGUUUACACAGCAAUGAUUUAUGUUGAUAGGUUUCUUUCAUCAAAACCAAUAUUGCCGAUUGCGAAGUUAUUGGCAAUGGCAUGUUUAUAUUUGGCUUGUGAGCAAUUUGAGGAAUAUGAAUGUCAAAUAUCAACAUCGAACUAUAUAGGAAGUAUAAUGAGUAUGAAGUCCAAUAUUAUUACACAAUUUAGAUGGAUUGUCACUUUUGUUACUCCUAUUCAGUUCAUCAAAUAUUUCUUGUCAAGAUUCUGCAGAGAUCUUUCAAGAAAAAUGUACGCCAAAUCCAUAACUGUUGAAAUCAUCAUGAGUACACUUGGAGAUGUGAGAUUAAUGAGUCUUAGAGCAUUUAUAGUAGGAGCAGCAGCAACAUUAUUGGCAUCAAACCCAAAUAUAUUGACACAUGAAAUGAUAAGGGAUGAGAUUAAUGCCUUGCCUCAAAAAUGGCUUAUUCCAAUUGAUGAGGUGUGCUCUUGCUAUGAUCGUUUGCUAGAGACCAAUAAGCACAGACUUGAUAUUUUGGAUUGUAAUUAG